GUGCCAUUGCUCCCGUAGUGACUGCAUAACGGUCCCCACGCCACAGUCUCGACAUUCUUUGUGUCCCAAAAACGGGAUUAUCCACAGUGACCACAAUCACCUUUUUUGGUUAUCGGAAUCAAGCACAAAGUGUGGUUGAGAGAAUUGACUGAAGGCAUAUAAAAGCUUCAUCCUUUUGUAACCCACCCCGAGCACGUACCUGCUUCCUCCACAGAGACAGAACGUCCUAUCACACCCCCGCAGUCUUGUCCGGAGGUUCCAACUGACCCUGACCUGCAAGCGUCGCCCCAUAAGGCCACCAACACAACACUCGGGAAGAGCAAGAACAACUGGCAAUAUCGUAUCAUUGCUCAAGAAGAGAUGGACACGUCUAUCUAUCAAGAGGAUCUCGAUAAGUGGUUCUCCGACUGGUUGCCGGGUAAAGAUGGCGAACGCCUCAGCUUCAAACCGGAGGAUCUCCCUGAAGAAUUCCGCGAGAAGAAAUUUCACUUUGACGAAGUUACGUUCGACGCGAACAGUGGCAUUCCCAGGAUCAAACUUGAAAAGGAUCUCUAUAAAAUCCUGUGUCCUGUGAUACAGAACGUUUUCGACCUUGCCGCUCACAGGUCAACGGGGGAAGCUCCUAGAGAUCUGCUCAGAAUCCGAGACACAAGUCUUUGGGAAGAGGAGAGCGACAAUAAAUUAUGUCCUGAUUUUCUAGUUCACAAGGACUCCGUGUCCCGGCCCUUCGAGCUCGACGAUGCCCGAAAGAAGACCGUUACUCCGAAAUCGCAUAGGAAAUUCGUUGGACGCACCGCUUACUCGUGGAGUUUGCUACCCGGCGAGGCCAAGAUUAAGGAUGACGGCUUCGGUCUAGGUGACGAAUUGAACCUUCCGGACACCGACACUGGUCGUCAAACUCGUGGACAGUUCGCUGAAUAUAUCUCUGAGAUUCUUGCUCGACAACAUCGUCAGUUCACCUUUGCGUUCUAUAUCUACAAGAACUGGGCUCGGUUCUUCAUCGUCGACAGGGUUGCUUCCGUGACUACCCCGGCGUUCGACUAUGUCAAGGACCCCUACACGUUUCUGAAAUUCUUCUAUCGUCUGGCUCAAGCUGACGCCUCGGCACAGGGUUAUGACCCCACUGUUACGCUCGCAUCAUCUACCAGUAUCUCUAUUCUCAAGGAUCAUAUGUCCACCGACCAUGGGGCUAUCCAACCGUUCAUUGACGACGCUAUGAAUGAUGCUUUUGCCCACGAAUCGACCUCUAUCUGGCCUCUCUACGAGGUCCAAGUUCGCGAUGAGGAGUCUACAAAUACUUCGUCCUUUCUUAUUGGAAAGCCUCGGACACCUGCUGCUUCUAUGUUUGGCCGUGCAACGAAGGGCUACAUUGCAUUUGAUCUGGUCAAACAUGACUUCGUCUGGCUGAAAGACGCCUGGCGUCUGGAUUCGCCACAUUAUCACCCCGAGUGGGAAGUCUAUACGAAGCUCAAGAAUGCCGAUGUUCACAAUACUGCCACGAUGCGGUGUGGCGGCGACGUAUACGGGCUUCAGCUACAGCGCACUCUUUCCCAAGGGUCAAUCAGUCAUUCACGGCUCAAAUCCAGGAUCCACAGUCGCAUCGUCAUCAACGAAAUCGGGCUUCCACUGGAAACGUAUGAUACGAGCUCGGACUUGAUAUUCAUCGUCUUAUGUGCCUUCGACGCACACAAAGAGGCCUGGGAGAAGGCCGGAAUACUACACCGGGAUAUUAGCAACGGCAAUGUCUUGAUUUUCUUCAGGGAUGGUGAAUUAUGGGAUCUGUGCAAAUACGCUUCUGAGCUGCAAGAACGCAAAGCAAGUCACAAAAAUAGAUCGGGAACCUGGCAGUUCAUCUGUGCCGUACGCCUUCAGUACCCCAAGAAAUAUUAUGAGCUCGCUGAUGAUAUUGAAUCAUUUGUGCACCUUGUCAACUGGUGCGCCUUACGAUACCACCAACACAACCGUCUAGCGUCCGAUUCCGGAUUCGCUACGUUCAUUCACCGAAUGUUUCUGGAUUGCACAACCUCUUCAGAUGGUCUUCUCUAUGGUUGCGAUGAAAAGUGGGAUGCUAUGAUUAGGGGCGACCCUGGCUUCAAGCUAACAUCCGACGAGAAGUUCCAGAAAAUUAUAAACGAGCUCAUGACUAUUUGCAGCAGCCACUAUCGCACCCUUCCUCUUGAAGAAUUUAAGAAAUUUCGGCCGGUGGACGCCAAGAAAUCGCAAGAACCUACCAGCUCCGGGGCUACUACCACGGAUUCAUCUGCUGUCAAGAAACGGAGAGCUAUGCAUCUCAUCAACCUCUCAUCUUAUGCUUCUGUGAAGGCUGCCUCUGUGCCAAAAGCCUCGACCGUCCACCAAAGCCCUGCAGCGCGUACGCUAGACAGCCAUGCACUCAUCGGCCACGCAUUGCUAAGUGCCGUAGAAGACGAGGACUGGGACUGUAAGCGAAUCCCCGGAGUUGACUACUUCGAACAAAUGCUGGAUGUGAAUCUCACUCUCGGGCGUCGCUGGGUUGCAGGGACCACCCAAUCGUCCACGACUUCUUCUCAGAAACGCAACCGUCCUCCCCGGGUUUCCAGAAGUAUGAAACAGAAGAGGUCCAGACGAUCAUCUACAGGUGGGACCAGCGUGAACGCAUCCACUUCCGAGCUCGCUGCCUUGCCUGAAGAAGAAGAGGAGGCGGAGGAGCCUGAGGUAGACGAGGAUGCUGAUACCCGGAACGUCGUCAGUCUGCAGCCUUCUGAGAACGCUGAAGCUGGCGAUUCAAAUCUGGAAGAUGAAGAUGAAGCGGAAAUCACUGCUAAGUUGCAUAAUGUCACGGAUUGAGAUAUCGGAUUGGCGUUACAUAGUCAGUAGUACAUCAUACGUGCGAUUCGCUAUGAAUGUCGUCGAGACGUGACCCGUGAAUAUUUAAUAUGCAGUACAUGCCGUUAUCUUUG